CAUUUCAACAUCCAUUGCUAGAGCCACCACAAGAAAAACACGAACCCGACCCGGCUCUCUAACCCACCUCCUCCCCCCCUUUCUUCUCCCUUAAACAUCUCGUUGCGUCUCAGUUGGCAGUCCCAAGAAGAGAAGGAAGAAGGGUGUCAUUGAAUACCUCCGGUGACCGAACAAGGGACGUCGUUAUUGGCAGUGAAGCCGGGCGGUUAGCGUUUGCAGAGGCAGAACAAGGAAACAUCAACUCCGGCAUCGAAUGCAGAAUCAAAGCUCGUGAUUGGGAGUGGCGAGAAUUAACAGAGCAGCGACAAAAAAAUUAAAGAAAAGCAAAAUGGGAAACUCGCCCCAGAAACAUUAUUAAUUAAAUACACGCACGCAUAUAUUGCAACACCAGCAAGAAGAAGAAGAAGAAGAAGAAGAAGGUACAAGGAAGAGCAAGAAGUGUUUUUGUUACUGUGAGAUGCACAAGAAGAUUAUGAAGCGGCUUUGAGUUUCGUCGGCCAUGAAAGCGAAGCAACUUCUUGUUUUAGCGGCUCUGGUAUCUUUCUUGAUCCAGUGCGCGGCGGCCCAGCGGAACACCCUCAACUCCAGUAUCGAGCGGUCGGCAUUGCGUCGGCUUCGGUCGUCUCUGGGGCUCCGGGCCUGGGACUGGCCCAUUAAGGCCGACCCGUGCCGGAACUGGACGGGCAUAGAGUGCCGGGACGGGCAGGUCACGGCUAUCAGCGUUUCGGGCCUUCGGAGGAGCAGAGUCGGGCGGAUGAACCCCCGUUUCGCUGUGGAUGCCCUCGCCAAUUUGACCCUCCUGGAGACUUUCAACGCUUCCAGGUUCCUGCUUCCCGGGUCAAUACCCGAGUGGUUCGGAUACGGCCUUCCGGGUCUUCGGGUGCUCGAUCUCCGGUCGUGCGCUUUGAACGGCGCCGUCCCAAGUUCACUCGGGAGGUUGAGCAGGCUCAAGUAUCUGUAUCUAUCUGAUAACAGUCUUACCGGCAAUAUUGCUUCCAGUUUGGGACAGUUAAAUGAGUUGUUGGUUCUUGAUCUUUCUAGGAAUUUCUUGACUGGGUCAAUACCUGCUUCAUUCUCAAUGAUGAGUAACCUUUUUACGCUUGAUCUUUCAUCGAAUUUUAUAUCAGGGACUAUACCGGCGGGUUUAGGAUCUGUCUCUAGUCUAAAAGUGUUGAAUCUUUCGGAUAACAGUCUCACAGCAUCAAUUCCGGGCGAGUUAGGUAAUCUGUCUCAGUUGAUAGAGCUUGAUCUCAGCAAGAACUCCUUUUCUGGUGCUUUGCCUGUGGAGUUGGGAGGGUUGAAGAGUCUGAAGGGGAUGAGAAUUGGUAGUAAUGGUUUAGAGGGUCAAUUGCCGCAAGGGUUUUUCUCAGGUCUUGCUCAAUUGGAAGUUGUGGUUCUCAGCGAGAAUAAACUGGACGGAAGAAUUCCUGGUGAAGUAUGGUCCUUGCCUGGGUUGCGCUUAAUUGACAUAUCCGCUAACAACUUCACUGGUGAGUUGCCAAGCAAUGGUUUCAAUGGCAAUGUCACUCAGGCAAUUUUCAACUUCUCAGAUAACAUGUUAUAUGGGAAUCUCAACUCUUCGAUCAGGUUUUUCAAUUUAACUGAUUUGUCAUGGAAUUACUUUCAAGGCAAAGUAAGUAAUGAUAGUUGGAGGAAUGCUACUCUAGAUAGAAAUUGCCUUCAGGCUUUGCCGGAUCAGAGGAGUUUAGGGGACUGUAGGCUUUUCUAUUCUGAGAGAGGCUUACAGUUUGAUGAUUUUGAAGCUUCGGGACCAACAGAUCCGCCAUUCCCAGUUUCUGCUUCAAAGAAAAACAGAAGAUGGGUGUAUAUACUGAUUGGAGUGUUUGGUGGGCUUGCCUUAAUCAUAGUUAUGGCUGUAAUUCUGGUGCUGCUCCUGACAAAGUGCUGCAGCAAGGGCAUCCCUGAUCAAAGAGGCAUUGCUGAUGAAGGGGUUGCUCCGGAUGGAGACGGCCAAAUGGUUCCUAAGGAGCCUUCUGAAUUAUCAGGUCUUGGAGAUGUCUUUUCCUAUGAACAGUUGGCCCAUGUGACCAGUGAGUUUAGUGAGAGUAAUCUUAUCAAACAUGGCCACUCUGGGGACCUGUACCGGGGCAUUUUGGAAAAUGGGACCAUAGUCGUCAUUAAAAGAGUUGAUCUGCAUUCAUUCGACAGAGAAUCAUACACACGGGAAUUGGAGAUUUUUGGGAAAAUUUCACAUACAAGAUUCGUCCCACUGUUAGGUCACUGCUUUGAGCAUGAGCAUGAGAAACUUUUGGUCUACAAGUACAUGCCUAAUGGAGACUUGGCAAGUUCGUUCUACAGAGCGACUGAUUUAGAGGACGAGAGUCUGCAAUCUCUUGAUUGGAUUACCCGAUUAAAAAUUGCAAUAGGAGCUGCAGAAGCUCUAUCAUACCUACAUCAUGAAUGUUACCCUCCUCUUGUGCACAGAGAUGUUCAAGUGGGCAGCAUACUUCUCGAUGAUAAAUUUGAAGUGCGGGUUGGAAGUCUGAGUGAGGUUCGUGCCCAAGAUGAAGAUUCUCAUGGUAAUGUUAUCACGAGAUUGCUCCGGAAGCCUCAGACGUCUGAACAGGCCCUUUCUGGAUCCUCGUCGGCUAAUUGUGCUUAUGAUGUGUUUUGUUUCGGGAAAGUCUUACUCGAACUUGUAACGGGCAAGCUUGGCAUCAGCAAAUCGGAUGAUGCCACAACAAGAGAGUGGUUGGAGCACACUCUAUCUUACAUCAGCGUGCAUGACAAGGAAUUGGUCACAAAGAUCAUGGACCCGUCUCUGAUUGUGGAUGAAGACUUCCUAGAAGAAGUGUGGGCCAUGGCAAUUGUGGCUCGGUCAUGCCUUAACCCUAGGCCUUCGAAACGACCACUCAUGAGAUACGUGCUCAAGGCAUUGGAAAACCCUCUAAAAGUUGUGAGAGAGGACAGCUCCAGCUCGGCGAUGCUGAGAACUGCUUCUUCGAGAAAGUCUUGGAAUGUCGCCUUCUUUGGAAGUUUGAGACAUAGCUCAUCAGACAGCAAUGCAGUUCCUGCGCGAAUCAAUAGCAAUGGGUUCAAGCAAUCGGGGAGAGUGGGCUCUCACAGUAGUGGCGGAAAUGACUUCUCAUCGUCACACAAGAGAUUGUCCAGUGAGAUCUUCCCCGAACCAAUUGCAAUCAUGGACAUGGAGAGGCUGGAUGAACAUUAAGAAAAGAAGAUCAUUCCUUCCAGAAAAGAAUGGGGCUGAGUUUUCCUAGGCACCUCUUCUCCUUCAAGGGUCUGUUCUGUCCAUUUUGAAACUAUUUACGGAGGAAAACAUCUCCGCCCAACCCUUCUUGAGAUUACAAUCCACUGAGCUUGACAUGGACGAAUGCAAGCUCAUUAGUUUGAGUGAGUUUGUAAAGAAAGGCAGAUAGAAUAUGUUUUAGCCUCCCAUUCUUCUAGGCUUCUGUCCAUACAAGAAGUGAUUUUCAUGUCAUGAUUUGCUCACAGUAUAUAGCUUCCAAAGUUGAUUAGGAAAUCUGUGAUAUGGAGAAAUUCACGGGCUGCAUAUACUUUGCUCGUGUUGGUCUUGUCAAGAAGCCAACUCUGGUGUACCUGAAGAACGUUUUUCCCCCUUCAGGUUUUGAAGUGGACAAGAACAUAUUGGCUGUACUUUCAGAGUUGACUAUUCAAUGUGAAUUCUCAGGUUUCGUGC